AUGGCUUCAGUGAAUCUGGGUUCUUUAGUACAAUCUUACUCCAUUUUCAAUCGAGGUUCUUCCAAAUCCAAAUCCUUUCCUUCCCCUGCGUCCCUUCCCUUCAAUCCCCUUAAAAAUCAACCAUCUUCAACUCUGAAAAAUGUGAACUUUACAUCUCUUCCAUCAGUCACCUGUGUCCUUACCAAAGAAGACAUUGUCAAGGAAGAAGAUCAAGGCCCUCAAAAACCAAGCUUUGAUUUCGAAUCCUAUAUGAUUCAAAAAGCGAGUACAGUUAACCAAGCCUUGGAGUCAGCUGUUUCACUCCGUGACCCUAUCAAAAUCCAUGAAGCAAUGCGGUACUCCCUUUUAGCAGGCGGCAAAAGGGUCCGUCCAGUGCUUUGUUUAGCUGCAUGUGAACUUGUUGGUGGUCAAGUAUCCACAGCCAUGCCAGCAGCUUGUGCUGUUGAAAUGAUCCAUACCAUGUCAUUGAUCCAUGAUGAUUUGCCUUGCAUGGACAACGAUGAUCUUCGUAGAGGAAAAUCAACUAACCACAAAGUUUUUGGUGAGGAAUUAGCUGUCUUAGCAGGGGAUGCUCUUCUAGCUUUUGCUUUUGAACACAUAGCUGUUUCUACAGUUGGUGUCACGCCUAGUUGGACAAUAAGAGCUGUAGGGGAAUUAGCUAAAGCCAUUGGAACAGAAGGGUUAGUGGCUGGUCAAGUGGUGGAUAUAACUAGUGAGGGACUAAUAGAUGUGGGGUUGGAUCAUUUAGAAUUCAUUCACCUUCACAAAACUGCUGCUUUGCUCGAAGCAUCUGUGGUUAUGGGGGCAAUUAUCGGAGGUGGAUGUGAUGAUGAUGUGGAGAGGUUGAGGAAAUUCGCAAGGUGUAUUGGGCUGCUGUUCCAGGUAGUGGAUGAUAUUCUUGAUGUAACGAAAUCGUCUAAAGAAUUAGGGAAGACUGCUGGGAAAGAUUUGGUGGCUGAGAAAGCCACCUACCCAAAGUUGAUGGGGAUAGAGAAAUCAAGGGAGUUUGCCAUCAAGUUGAAGACUGAUGCAGUAGAUUUGCUUCAAGGAUUUGAUCCUGCAAAAGCUGCUCCUUUGAUUGCUCUGGCUAAUUAUAUAGCUUACAGGCAAAACUAACUUGUGUUU